GAAGUGUCAGACUGAAUGAUCAGUGAAAGCUUUAAGCCAAGCCUACACACUUCAAACUCAAGGCACGCUGAACUAGAGUCGUCAAGCCCCGGGGCUGCGCUAAGGUGGUGUCAAGCACCGUCAGUGCGAGGAAAUCGAGGUGGUCCUUCUGCAACAUGGAAGAGUCAGCGCUGUUUGCCCACUGAAAUCCCUCAUCCAGAGAUCCUGCCAGGCGUAGGUCGCAGCUGGGUUCCCUCAGAGACCCGUGAGCCGAGGGGUUACCUAACGAAGCUCCUGCAGAAUCACACCGCCUAUGCCUGCGACGGGCAACACCUGAGCCUGCACUGCCCUCGGCACUCAACCAUCAGCGUUCAGUCAGCGUUUUAUGGGCAGGACCCCCACGUGUGCAGUGCUUGGGAGCCUGAAACCAGGAUGACAGAACCCAGGAACUGCGUGGCACCCACCUCUUUGCAGAAAGUACUGGAUGAAUGCCAAAACCUGAGAUCCUGCCAACUCCUUGUCAAUAGUCGGGUUUUUGGGCCUGAUCUGUGUCCAGGGACUACUAAAUUCCUCCUUGUCUCCUUUAAAUGCAAACCUACUGAAUACAAAACCAAAUCAGCAUGUGAAAACCAGGAACUGAAGCUCCACUGUCAGGAAUCCAAGUUCCUUAUCAUCUACUCGGCCACCUAUGGCAGAUGGGCACACGAGGAGAGCGUCUGCUCAACAAAGGCGGAGCACACACCCCCCUUUGACUGUUUGUCUUACACAGCGCUGGAAGUGUUAUCAAAGAGGUGUUAUGGGAAACAGAGAUGCAAAAUCAUUGUCACUAGCCAGGAUUUUGGAAGUCCAUGCCUACCCGGAGUGACAAAAUACCUAAAUGUCAGCUAUGCAUGUGUUCCUAAAUUUAUCCUCACAGCAGUCAACCCCCUGGUCCCUGAUAACAAGUCUUCCAUCAAACAGAAUGAUGGUGUGGACCUUGAUCCAAGGGAAUCGAGACUUCCAAAGAAAGACGGAACUAUUGUUAGCUCUAACUACUUGGCUACAUUCGCAUACCUUAGAGAUCACCCUGAAAGAGUCGCUCUCCUGUUUGUGUCCAGCGUUUGUGUGGGGUUAAUCCUCACACUGUGUGUCUUAGUCAUCUGCGUGUUGUGUCCUAGUGACAUCCAGAAACUGCACAGGAAGAAGGAUCAGCUGGUGCCAGAGAGUGCCAGAGCCUACAGGAGCAGUGAACAGGAGGAGGAGGAAGAGGAGGGGGAGGAUUCCUCCCUUUCAAACACCCAGGAUGAGACAGACAGACUUUACAGACCUUCUUACUCAGGUUAUAACUCAGCAGAGGCAGCGGAACUGGCCGAAAGGAUUGAGCGCAGGGAGCAGAUCAUACAGGAAAUCUGGAUGAACAGUGGUUUGGAUAUGACACCCCCUAGAAAUAUGAAUACAUUUUAUAUUAAUGAACAAUAAAUGGCUUAUUUUGGAUGACACUCUACCCCUUUUUAAAAAAAAAAUGUACCUUCUGUGAAGGAACAUUUGUAUCAGUGAAUAUAAUUAUUUGUAAAAUAAAAAUAAAUAUAUACAAUAAAAAGAGGGCUUCAUACCUUUGACUGUCUAUAAAUCCUUCUGUGAAAAA